AUUUAAUUAAGAAGUACAUACAUAUACCACAAAAGAAAAAGAGAAGCGAGUUGCUUCUGAAGUUGGAAAUUAUGGCGAAGGAACACCCACGUCUCUGUUCUCUAAUUGAUCAUUACCUCCGUCCUUAUACUGAAACUGGGUCUACUUCGGUAACCAAAGAAACGGAGAAAGAACUUUUAGUUGCUCUCUCACAGGUUUAUGCAGAAAUUAAGCUGUGGAUGAAGGAAUAUGAGUCCGACAACAGCUUUCAGGAUAUGGAGGGAAAUUCUGUUGGUGGAGUUCGAAUAAUCCCCGAGUCACAUGCUGCUAAUCAUCAUUGUUUAACUAAUGUUAUUCAGGUCUUGAUGGUCGUGGUUGCGAUGGAGAAUCCAUAUAUGAAUCACCUAGUUGGCAAUAUCCUGGUGGCUGUUUCUGAUUUUUUGGUUGAAUCUGAAAGCUGUUGGGGUGAAUAUAUCAAUUUACUGUAUCUUUGUGUGGAAAUUUCGAUUUUUAAUGGUCUUUCUUCUAUGGGACAUAAGAUGGAGGUCAAAGACUUGAGUGGGGAUCCUUCACCUUCUUCUUUAAUGAAGCUCAGCUUGAAAAGUGCAAGUUGGUCAACGGCAGCUGUUAUCAUGAGAGUUCUACACAAUGUACUGAAACAUUUGAAUCGGGAUCUUAUUGAUCAAUUUUUCAACAUUUUCUUGGAGGCUACCAUUUAUUUUAUCUCAAAUAUGCCGUGGAAUUUGUUGUCGGAGGUUUACCAUGUUCAAGGGGACUCCAAUUCAGACCGCUUGCUUCAAAUGCAAGAAGAAAAACCGAAGUCAAUACUAAUAUUUCAAGGAUAUAUUCUUCGGUUACUUUGUUCGUUGGUUAAAAGUAGUUGGACAGAUGCUGCUGUCAUCACUUCAGCAGAGCAUCCAUUUAUUUUUGAAAUAAAAAACCUGCUUCCAAGAAUACUAUCAUCAUGCAUAAGUAAUGGACAACACUCUGACAAUGUUGCGAUCUGUCAAUAUCUUAAAUAUAAGAUGUUGAUACUCAUGAUUCGACUUAGUAACCAAAUCCAUUGGGAGCACUCAAUUGUAAUUUCGUGGUUGGAUCUAAUCCACACAUACUUUCAAGAUGUAUUGUCCCAACCUAUGGAGGGGCAGGAGUUUGUUCUAGAUAAAUAUCUCGAAGGUUCGCCAUUUGGGGUAAUGACAUUUGAUAUGGGGAAUAAAUGGAUUUCAUCAAAGCAUUUACAACGGCUGUCUAUUUUCCUUUUCCUCAAAUGUUCCUCUAGUUUGCUGAGCAUGAAAGAAACGACUGAUCAACAUUAUGCUUGUAAAAAUCUUAAGUCUUUCUCAAGCUUUGACAUGAAUCCCAAGUGUUGCAGUCGAAGGAAAGCUUUGCUAGAGCUCCAUGAGUGGCUCAGAGAGCUUCUCCCUGGUGAUUGUUUUAUUGACAAUGACAUGUACUCCGAGAAAUGCAUGGACUUUGUCUCAUCCUUCUUGCAGCUAUAUAUGCAAGAGGACGAUAUUCUAUUUGAAAUGCUCUUGCAAAUGUUAUGCUUGCCAUUUUACUCUGAAAAGUUUACUAAUGAAGUGGCUUUAUCAGAUGAUGAAGUGAGAGAGUUUUCUCUGAUCUCACACCUUUUUCACCCAAUACAUUUCUUUCACCUAUUCUUGGCUGGAAUACACUAUGAUCAUCAAGUUCUUCUUGAUUAUCUCAUCUCAAAAGACACAGGGGCUAGUUCUGCUGAAUAUCUUUUGAGGUGUCUGCGUAAGGUAAGUGAUUCUUGGAACAUAUUUAUCGAAUUUUCAUGGAGCAGAAAAUGUCGAAGCAGAAAAAGGAAAAAGUUUUCAGCAGAUGAUCAUAACUCUAUGGGAGAGUUAACACUUGUGUCAAGUUGUAUUAGUGGAGAUAAUUUACCACCUGACUCCAAACGCAAGAAAGCCUACGGAUGUCACAAUGAGGACUAUGUAACUCAGAUGUCACCGUUUGAAUGUGCAAGGAACUGCCUUUUUCAACUUAAAGCAUCUAUUGAAAGCCUUUACCAAAAGAACCUGUUUCCUUAUAAUCCACUGGUGCUACUACGUCGUUUGACGCGAUUUCAGGAGAUCUGUGGAGAUGACAGACCAUAAGAGCUCGCUCGCUGUUGACCUAUCGCUUUGAAAUCCAUGUUCGAUCGGUCCACAUGCCAACUUGACGUCAGCUAGUUGAAAAUGACUGCAACUUGAAAGGGACGAUAUCUCUGGACUCAUUAGAGCAAAAUAUGGCUUGGAUAUGAAUCCAUUACUAGCAUUCUUGACUGCAACUUUUGAGGUGCUCUUUAAAAAUCUCUCAUCAAGUGCCUAGCCAAGGUCAAAGGUUUUAGAGUUGGGAGAAUCUGCAAAGCAGUUAGAAUAAAACAUCAUUGUAGGUGGAUUACUACUUGUAAGGACUUUGUUUCAAUGCAUUCGUUGGGUAGCAAUAAGUAAGAGAGGUAACAAAAAAUUUCCACCAGGGCCAAUUCUCCUUCCAUUGAUUGGAAAUUUGCAUAAUAUUUUUGGUGAUCAACCUCACAAGUCACUUGCCAGGCUUGCCCAAAUAUAUGGGCUAAUGAUGAGCCUCAGGAUGGGGCAAAGUGGUAAUAUCUUCACCAGCAGUGGCAAAACAAGUCUUACAAAAACAAGAAUUGGCCUUCUCCAGCAGAACAAUUCCAGAUGCAAUCCGUACCAAUAAUCACCAUAACCUCUCUGUGGUGUUUUUACCUAUUUGCUCUCGAUGGAGAAGUAUGAGGAAAUUCUUGAAUUCUAAUCUCUUCUCUGGUGACAAGCUUGACGCAACUCAGCAUCUCAGGUCCCAAAAGAUGCAAGAUUUUAUUGGUUAUUGCCGCAAACUGGUGAGUCAGUGAAUAUAGGCCAAGCUGCUUUCGAGACCAUGGUUAAUUUACUUUCCAAUACCAUUUUUUCCAAGGAUGUAGUCGACCCUUAAGGAAAUUCAGGUAAAGAAUUUAAGAUGUGGUCUGGGACGUCAUGGAAGAAUCUGGUAAGCCCAAUUUGUCCGAUCAUUUCCCCGUGUUGAAAAGGAUUGAUCCUCAAGGGAUAAGGCGACGCAUAGGCAAGCAUUCUGAUAAGUUGCUACAGCUGAUUGGGGGAUUGAUCGAUGAACGAUUGGAGCAAAGGAGGAAAUCACCAAAUGACAG